AUGGACUCGAAGAUCUACGCGCUGGACGCCUGCAAUCCCACCAAUGGCGACGUAGGCAGCCCAUCGAACAGCUCCGCCACCGCAAUGCACAGCUCCGUAGCGCCCUCCGUCAUUGCAUCCUCCGAGGCCACCCUCGGCCGCCACCUCGCCUAUCGCCUCGUCGAAAUCGGCGUCAACGACGUCUUCUCCGUCCCCGGCGACUUCAACCUCACCCUCUUCAACCACCUCAUCACCGAGCCCAGCCUAAACCUCGUCGACUGCUGCAAUGAGCUCAACGCCGGGUGCGCCACUGAUGGCUACGCUCGCUACCGCGGAGUCGGAGCCUGCGUCGUCACUUUCACUAUCGACGGUCUCAGCGUUCUCAACGCGAUCGCCGAAGCCUAUAGCAAGAACCUUCCCCUUAUUUGCAUCGUUGGUGGUCCGAACUCCAAUGAUUACGGGACCAACAAGAUUCUCCAUCAUACUAUCAGAUUGCCUGAUUUUAGCCAAGAGCUUCGAUGCUUCCCAACUGUUACUUGCUAUCAAGCCAUUGUGAAUAACUUGGAGGAUGCGCAUGAGAUGAUCGAUACUGCGAUUUCCACGGCUCUUAAAGAGAGUAAGCAUAGCUAUAUCAGCAUCAGCUAUAAUCUACCUGGAAUUCCUCACCCCACUUUCAGUCGCGACCCCGUUCCCUUCGCAAUUUCCCCAAGAUUGAGUAAUCAAAUGGGUCUAGAGGCAACAGCAGAGUUCUUAAGCAAAGCAGUGAAACCAGUUCUGCUUGACAAGAAUUGCCUAAGAGAGCAGCUCGACAAGAAUAGCUCGGCAGAAAUUACCAAAGAAGAACAGCUCGACAGAAACAACUUAGCAAGAAUUGCCAUCGAGAGAGCGGCUCAGCAAGAACAGAAAUUGCCAAAGAAGAGCAGCUCGGCAGAAACAACUCGGCAAGAAUUUUCAUUGAGAGCAGCUUGGCAAGAACAGGUUGGCAAGAAUUGCCAUCAAGAAUGGCUCGACAAGAAUAGUUUGGCAAAAAUUCUCCAAGACAGUGGUUCAGCAGGAAUAGCUAGACAUAAAUUGCCAAGGAAAGUUGUUUGA